AUGUUAUCAUACCUUGUGACACAUUUUAGCGACUUUCAACUGGCGUGCAUUGGGAGUUUUCUCCUCCAUGAAAGCGUGUUUUUCUUAUCUGGACUCCCUUUCAUUUAUCUAGAAAGGGCAGGCUUUCUCAGCAAGUACAAAAUUCAGACAAAAAACAACACACCUGCAGCCCAAGGAAAAUGUAUUAUUCGCCUGCUGCUUUAUCAUUUCUGCGUAAACUUGCCCCUGAUGUUGGCCUCCUAUCCUGUCUUCAGAGCCAUGGGAAUGCGAAGCAGUUUUCCUCUGCCAUAUGCCACGCCAUUUGGUUUGACAUCAGAAUAUGCUCACCCCGCUGAGAUUCUUUUCCUGGGAUUUGCUACCAUAGUCGGUCCAGCUCUCACCGGCCCCCACCUGAUUACUCUCUGGCUAUGGAUGGUACUGAGAGUGCUUGAGACAGUUGAGGCUCACUGUGGUUAUCAUUUCCCAUGGAGCCUCUCAAAUUUUCUUCCCCUGUAUGGAGGUGCUGACUUCCAUGACUACCAUCACCGCCUCCUCUAUACAAAGUCGGGGAACUACUCUUCAACUUUUGUGUAUAUGGACUGGAUCUUUGGUACUGACAAGGGCUACAGAAGACUGAAGAGCCUUAAAGAAAACGGUGAUACGAAACAAACGUGA